AUGGUUACGAUCGGAGGAUACGACCUUUUAGGAGACGAUCAGGAUGAAGGUGGAAGUUGGAGGUUAGACUUCCUGACAAAACACAAAACUUUAUCCUUGGCGAAUCCACCAGGAGAAGAAGAAGGACAACUAUCCAGCAGCAGGACCUCCAGCAGGUCAGCUGGUGUCGAUGAUCCUGACCAAACUGUCGGUGGAUCCACGUCACAGCAGCACCAGAAGAAAAUAAAACAGCAGAAUGAAGAGAGACCGACUUCUCCUGAGCUCCUGUCCAUACAUCAUCUGAAGAGCAGGUCCCUGGAGGAUGUGAAGAUCCUCCAUCUGCUGGUCUGGUGCCUGAAGUGUCUUUAUCUGGAGCCUGGAGCCCAAACGAUCCGAGAGCAGACAGCUCGUCGUCAGGAUGAGUGGCGUAGACGGAGCAGCCUGAAGGUGAACCGCUGCAUAUUACCGCUCUCUGAGUAA